AUGGUUCCCAAUCGUUUCCCCAAAGGAAACAGAUUUGAUCUAAUCAUUUCCCCAGAGGAAACAGAUUUGAACCCUCUUGAUGACUAUCAAGAAUUCUUUGAUGAUCGAUUGACAAGGCAAACAUGGGGCCCAUGUGAAGGAAGAUCUGGGCCCAUUUAUGUGAUUGAAUCCGCUUCGUAUGUGUUCGAUCCAGAGAUUUUAGGGUUCUUUGAGGCGACCUCAACCCAGCAGCUCGUAUCGGGAGAAAGUAUUGUUGGUAAAGCGUUGGGUACAAACCAGCAGCUCGUACCAGCAGCUCGCAGUCAAUCGAAGGAUUAUUUAGUAAGGUGCACUCCUCUGUAUUGUAAAAAUUUCUCUUCUUUCUCCUUUAUUCAUGCCUCUGAUUUCGAUUUUUAUUCUUCUUGUAUUCUCCUUUGUAAAACCCUAACUGGAAAAGUGAUACAGAUAUUAAUCGUGAUUUCCUCCUCUUUCCUUGAUCCCCAAUUCUACACUCUAAGCAUCUCAGCCACUAAACCAAAAGCAACAAGUUGGUGGCUAGAACAGUCGCAUAUUACAUAUCCUUGGGAGCCAUAUGGGUGGGGGAAUCAGGUCUACUUUACAACACAAAGCUUAUGGAUUUUCAAAUGUCAUAGAGAAAAUGAGACACAUUCUCAUUAUGGGACUGUUUUGAAUGUCCAUCAACAACAGAUGUCACAGGGUGAUGGUUAUGGGAGUAGCACCACUGAUUCUUCUCGAACCGGAAACUUUUAUGUUCCCACAACCUCAAAUACAUCAAUGAUGAAUAAUCAAAGUUCCUGCAUCAGGAAUGACAAGGGGGACACACUGACUGCAUUAUACUACCACAUUGUUAAGCCGUUGACCAACACAACUGUAAAAGCCUCAUGCCAGUUUCACAUAAAACUUUCUGAAAAGAUUAGGUUUAUUUCACUUAUUGGUUUCUUAAUUGUGCAUAUACUUGUAGGUUUUGUUGAAAAAGCAAUACCGUUGUGCUUCCCUGCUUGUUGCCAUCCAUGGCUGUUAUGUGAAUCUUUGUUGGUCAGUCACCUUACAGUCAGAUUUAAUUCGGAAAUGUGUGGUGUAGUUUGCAGAAAGAACAGCACAUGGAUGACCCUUGCAGCUCGGUUUGUUGUUGUGAUCCAAACACCAUGGUCCAGUUCUUGUGAUUGCCCUCAACAUUGCAUUCUUGCAAGCAGUAGUCCCACACUUGCCUUAAAUCUAACUGGAGAAGGAACAAAAUCCCAAUUUUGGAUUGCUAGGGCACACUUUUGUAGUUCCUCUAUCCUGGAAUUAGGAAGCGAUCCGGUGUACUCAAUUGAACGCCUUCGCAAAGAGAAUGAUGCGGUUAUUUUAGCAGUUGGGGUAACAAAGCCACGAGACCUCCCUGUUCUUGGACGUGAGCUCUCAGGUGUGCAUUUUGCAAUGGAAUUUCUACAUGCGAAUACUAAAAGCUUAUUGGAUAGCAAUCUUGAAGAUGGAAACUAUAUGAGAGGAACCAAACGUAGCGCAUUGUACUCUCAUUUAUUUUCUAACUAUAACAAUAUACUUCCAUUUUCUUAA